AUGCGUGGGAAUUUGUUCAUAUUGAGUUCCUUGUUAUUGUUUGCAAGUGCAACGAGUGGCUUGAAAAUUUUGCUUUUUACACCUAUAGAUGCUUACAGCCACUGGAUAUUCAUGCAAAAUAUAAUCCAAGCAUUAUUGAACAAAAAUCAUGAAAUCACAGUAGUUACAGCAAAAACAUGGAAUGGCGUCAAGCCAACAAACUAUACCGAAGUGCUUAUUGAUCCACCGUUAGAUUCGGAAAAGGCUUUUUCACAAUCAGAAGUUUAUGAAGCCGAACUUGGGUCUAUUCCGUCGAUUUUAAAAAGAUUAUCAACAAUGACAAUGUACGGCACAUUAACUGCCCAACAUGCCUUAUCCACAUCAAACGUUCAGAGACUUUUGCACGACGAAAGUUUGAGCUUCGAUUUAGUGAUAAAUGAAGAAUUGUUUACGGAAAGUUUUUCGUUGUUCGCGUAUAAAUUCAAAGUUCCUCUAUACUAUCUGCAAUUUGGAUUGCUAACUCCGUGGAGUCACGUUCCUCAUAUGAUUGUUCCGUAUUCUGAUGAUAUGGCAUUUGUUGAACGAUUUAGUAAUGCUGUUAUCUCUUUUGUCGCUUUCAUUAGAGGCGCUCACAUUAAGGAGCCGCAACCAUUACCAAGAGAUAUUCAAAUAUUUUUGGAUGGAGCAAAUGAUGGUGCAAUCUAUUUUAGUUUUGGUACCUAUGUCAAGCAUAGUGAAAUACCACCAAAGCAACUACAAUUGAUUUUUGACGCCUUAAGACAAGUUAAACAACGAGUUCUUUGGACAUUUGAUGGUGAUAGAAGUAAAGAUAUUCCGUCUAAUGUUAUGAUUAAACAAUGGAUGCCACAAAAUGAUAUUUUAGCACAUAAAAAUGUCAUUUUAUUCAUAAGUCACGGUGGAAUGUUCGGUCAAUUCGAAUCUCUAUAUCAUGGCGUGCCACUUAUAAUGAUUCCAUUUUUUGGAGACCAGUUUCGAAAUGCAGGUCGAGCCCAACAAGCUGGAUAUGCGAAGAAGAUCAAUUUUAAAGAACUUAGCACCAACAUAUUGGUUAAUACUAUUCAUGAAAUGACCACGAAUAAAUCAUAUUUGAACAGAGCAAGAGAAGUGUCUGGAAUAUUCAAUGCCAACAUGAUUCAUCUUUUAGACGAAGCUGUUUAUUGGAUAGAAUAUGUAGCCAAGUUUCGAGGUGCCAAACAUCUUAAAUCACAUGCAAUUAAUAUGCAUUGGUUCUCAAACUUGAUGUUCGAUGUAAUUGGUGCACUUCUUCUUGGACUUCUCACCGCAAUAUUUGUGAUAUAUUUUGGGAUUAAAAUCAUGUUUUGGCGAAAAAAAGUUUCAACACAGACGGCCAAAGUGAAACAAAACUAA